AUGCUGAAGCGCCUCAUCACUGGCAGGCAUCAUGCUGGUCAGUUCCAUCGCCAUAAGUCGUCAUUCGCAGCUGCAUUGGCGGCUGCCAGUAGGCUCGUUACACCAAAGAUCAUGUUGAGCAAUCCAGUUUCUCUGGUGUCGAAUGAGAUGAAUACUCUAGCAAAGAAUAUAAUGGCAUUGAUAGGAUCUGGGCACCCAACCCUCAAUAGAGUCACCAGCUACUAUUUCGAGGCUGAAGGUAAGAAAGUUCGGCCGCUACUGGUGCUACUACUUUCGCGAGCGUUGGCAGAGAUCCCGCUUGAACGAAGAGAUCAUUUGAAAUUGGACUCUGAGGACGUCCCCGAAGACCCAGUUUACUCUAAGCCGCCUCACAUGCUAUUGCUGGAGCAACCUGUUCGCAGUUUCUCUCCCUUGCACGUUCUGCAUGGUAUUAAGCCCUUGAAUCCAUUGACAAAAGGUCCAGAACCACUGCCUCAGGCAACUUUUGAUCAUGAAAGAGGCAUUCUACCAAAACAAAGAAGGCUAGCAGAGAUUGUUGAAAUGAUUCACACGGCUUCUUUGUUACACGACGAUGUCAUUGACUACUCAGAUACCAGAAGAGGCAGACCAAGCGGCAAUGUAGCUUUCACAAAUAAGAUGGCUGUGCUUGGUGGUGAUUUUCUACUUGGUAGGGCAACAGUGUCGAUCUCAAGAUUAAGAAACCCUGAAGUUGUUGAGCUGAUGUCCAAUAGUAUUGCCAACCUUGUCGAAGGUGAGUUUAUGCAAUUGAAGAAUACUGCAGUCGACAACGAUUUAACAACAAUCCAGCAUGGAACAAAGGAAAUUCCCCCAGUGUCAGGCAAGCUGGACAAUAAAAUACACGACUAUCAUGUACCAACGGAUCAAGUACAGAAUGUUUCUCACGAUCAAUUGAUUGAAACAGCCUUCGAGUACUACUUGCACAAGACUUACUUGAAGACAGCUGCACUAAUUUCCAAGUCAAGUCGGGCUGCGGCUAUCUUGUCUGGGGCAGACAAAAGCGUUGUCGAUCAAUGUUACGACUUUGGUAAGAACCUUGGUGUUUGUUUUCAACUCGUUGAUGAUAUGCUGGAUUUCACGGUUGCCGCAAAAGACUUGGGUAAACCCGCCGGAGCAGAUCUGGAACUAGGGAUUGCGACCGCUCCAGUUCUAUACGCUUGGAAGGAAGAUCCAUCACUCGGGCCUCUCAUCCAACGUAACUUCUCGCAAUCAGGUGAUGUGGAAAGGACCGCUGCAGCAGUAGCAAAGUUUGAUGGAGUCAAAAGAACCAAAGAACUCGCAGUACAGUACAGAGACAAGGCGUUGCAAAACUUACGUAAUGCGCUACCAGAUUCAGAUGCUCGCUCGGCGUUAGAGUUCCUGACCAACAGCAUUUUAACGAGACGGAAAUAG